CACCUCCUUGAUAUCAGCAGAGGGGCCCCUUUUUGUAGUUCCGCCACCCUCAGAAGUUCAGGGGUAGCGAUGGCCCAAGAGAGGGCAUUCUUUGUGGCGGCCCCUAAGUUGUGGAACUCCCUCCCCACAGAGAUACUCCUGGCAAUUUCACUGUACAGUUGUAGGCGAAUGCUGAACAUGCACCUCUUUACCCUGGCCUUUCACAUCUGAGACACAUAUUUUUAAGAACCACCCUAUUUUAUCAUGUUAGGUUGGUUUUAAUUGUUUAUCAUGGCUUUGAAAAAAUUGUUAUAACCCGCCCUGGCACCUCUGGAUGAAGGGUGGGUAAUAAUAAUAAUAAUAAUAAUAAUAAUAAUAAUAAUACGACUGACAGCCUAGUUUUCUUUUUUCCUCUGGUGCAUCUAAUUUGUUAAGGCCAGGCUUGAGAGUUGAUUCUAGGUAUUGAAUCAGAACAUUGAUCCAUCUUGCUUAGUAUUGUGUCUACACUGACUGGUAAUUUUAGAAAGGGGUCACUCCCAGACCUACCUGGAGAUGCUAGGGAUUGAACCUAGGACCUUCUGCAUGCAAAGCAGAUGCUCUACCAUUGAACUGUGACGCUUCCCCAACAAAGCAAAGUCUCCAAAAGAUAAUAAGCAUUUGUAUUAGUGAUAUUUAUUAUGAACAUUUCUUACAUUCACAUCAGGCUCAUGUAAUCCCUUGCAGGUUCUUACGGGCCAAAAAUGAAAUGAAUUUGCAAAGAUUCCAUGAAUAACUUGUGAACUUUUUUUUUUCAUAAAAAACACAUAACAUUAAGUAUAACACAGUUUUAUAUGGUUCUCAGUUUCCAAAUACUUAAAAGAUCCUUGUCCAUGUGUCCUUUCUCUUGUUUUUGGCAAAAUAUCUUUGCAAUCAACUGAAAAGUUCUUUUUCUUAAUCUUCAGGAGAUGAAUAGCUUUAUCCUGCUGCUCUGAACCACUGCAGCUUAAGCUAGGCCCAGAAAGUCCAUAGAUUCAGCAAGGCCCUAUGAUUAAAGAAUACAUAUACAAAUAACCACCAUUCAAAUAUAUGUAUACUCCUCAUACCCUUCCCUACUUCUGUACAAUACAGAUAUAUAUAUGUAUAUCUGUACUGGGGUUAAAGACCAACUAAAUAAUAGCUUCCCUAGCAGCCAUACCCAGGACCAACUUUUCUGCUACACAAUAGCUUUCUUCUUCAAACAGGGUUUUUCUGCUAUGAAACCCCACCCACAAGACUGAACCAACUAAAACAAGAUUGUAACAGGGUUACACUCGUGCCCACCCCCAUUUUCCAACUGGCUUAAAGAGAUUUCUCAGAGAGAGAAAAUGAAAACUACCCUAAAUCAUCAUCAUCAUCGUUUUUAUUUCUCCCCCCCCCCAAGCCCACCUACAGCAGGGCUUGUGGCUAUAGCACUACCACGCUGCUCUGUCUCCUUUUUGAAGGAGAAAUCUAAGGGAGUAGACAUUAAGUAACUUGUACAAAGAUGUGAUCAUGGCUUGUCAGCAAUUAUUGACUUCUUCCCAUGAACUUCUCUAUACUGCUCUGCCAAAUUAUGUACAAAACCGUUUACAUGAUCACUUCCAUAUGAGCUUUUAGCAUAAGUCACUCCUGAUGGGGACUGGUGAGAUUUAUUGCUAUUUUAUUUUUUUUAAAAAAAUCUGGUUCCCCUUCCCAAGCCAAGUGCUUGCUGUCUUGCCACUGUCAAAGGUGCAGUUUGUGGUGAUGGGGGUAAGGCCUUUUUGGUAGUGUUGCCUGGACUGUGAAACUCUCCCCCACCUCCAGCGCCCCCUGAAAUUUGCUUGUCCACCAUUCUACAAGUUUUUAUAGAUAAUCUCUAAAGACUGUUUGAUUUCAUCAGGAUUUUAGUCUUGGGCAAUUAGUUGUUGCCCUGGUUUUCUGUUGUAUUUUUGAAUGCUACUUAGCAUCAGCUAUUUGUUAUUGUUUGGGCAGCAGUACUAAAUAAACUUAACAAAUGGGACUUACUUCCUAGUAAACAUGCAUAGGAUUGAACUGUCAAUCUUGUUUAUUUCAUGUGAAGGCCUUUGGGUGGAAAAACAGCUGGUAAAAUACAAUUUUUAAAGUACCCAGGGAUUUGUUUGUUCAAUAUUGCACUAUGCUGGUAUAUUAUACACUUCAAGUGGGAGAUAAUACCGCUUCAUGGCUACCAAAAAGUACCAUGGACUAUUCCUCUGUAACUGAUGAGAGCAAAGAUUUUUUUCCCCAAACAGGAACUAGGCAACAAGGCAGUUCUGAGGGGGGAAAAUAUGUGUACAGAAGUGGACCAAGAGUAAGACUCUUGUGUUUUUUGUGAAAUGAAAUCUAUAACUUGGAAAGCAGGAGCCAGUGAUAAUUAUUUUGUUUCAUUCUGUGUUUCUUUAAACCACAAAAUCCAUUCCAUUUCAACAAUCAGAGCAAUGACUUGACUGAGAAUAUAAUUUCCUCAGCAGUGUGUACUGUCUGUAUUAAAAGGCCUAUAAAAACUUUUUUAAAAAAUGAAGUAAUAUACCAUCACAAAUUUACAAGCAUUGCUAUAGCACCUUGACAGGGGACAGGACUGAACAGAGAUUUUUAAUAUGAGCAUGCAGAUAAUAAACUUUUUUAAUUUAGAUUUUUUAGCCUGCUCUUCAUCCACUCUAGAGAAUCCUACUAUGAGACAACAUGUUGGGAAAGCAAAAUCACAAGCCAGUGUGGUGCUGCAAUUAGGAUGUUGGGUAGGACUGGGGAGACUCAGGUUCAAAUCCUCACUGAUUCAGCUAUUAGGUGAUCUUGGGCCAGUCACCAUCUCUCAGCCUAGCUUACCUCACACGAGUUUUGUGAAGAUAAAAUGGGGAAAAGAAGAACUUUGCAUGCUAUCUUGAGCUCCUUGCAUGGAAGUCAGGAUAUCAGUGUAAUAAAUGAAUACAUAAAUGUGAUGACCUUGAUAGUCUUGGGCUCUCCUUCUAGUUUUAAGAUUGUGUGCAUCCAGUCUCCAUUGUUACAUUCAGAUCUACUCUAGCUAUAUCUAGAAGAUCAUAGUAAGACAUUGGCUAUUGAAUUUUUCCAUCGUGGAUUGGCCAUACCCUGUAACUAUCUGACAUAUAUUUUUGUAUUCUUUUCUAUCCAUUUCCAUAUUAAAUGUUCUAUUGUUCAAAUGUUCUUUACUGUGGGUUGUAUAAAAUUGUUAUAUGAAUGCAGAAGGCAGCUCAUGCAAUUGAUGUUUUUCCCCUCCUCUCCCCUGUACUCCCUCAAAACCAUCUCCAGAGGGUCAACCCCACUCCACCCCCAAACAGUGGGUGAUGUGUUUUAUGGGGCUGCAGUGCAAGGCGGGAUUUGCCUGAAAUUAGAUGGAAGGAUCUUGUGUCAGUGGAGCUCUUGGUGGAGCAAGAGCCCUUCACCUGAUUUGGGUUGGUUUCCCUCCUCACACUGCAGCCUGGUACAUCACAACCCUUUCUUCCCCUCUGUACCUCCUAGAACCCCUCUCCAGAAGAUCAGGGAGCCCUGAACAAUGGGUGCUGUGUUAGAUAGGGCUGCAACAUGUGGGGGAAUCACCUGAAAUCCACUCACACCAGGUCCCUCCACCCCCUGCAGUCACAUGCCACCCAAUGUUGUGCCUCCUAACCCUCUAGAGAGGGUUUUGAGGGAGGUACAGGAGAGAGGAGGGAAAGGGAACCAUCUGUAUUAUGAACUGCCUUCUGCUUGUAUAACCAUUGAGUACACCCCUGUAUAAAUUUAUCAUAUCGACUGGUAUAACCAAUAUUUGUUCAUAUUGGUGGUGACACAGGUUGCACUUCUUUUUCAGAAAGAAUCGAAAGUGAUCACAAGAAGUAUACGUGUGGUCUUUGUGCAAGAUGAAUGAAGCAUGUAUCCAAAUGAGUCUGAAUGUCCCUUUAGGGCUACUCUGCAAGCCGCCAAGCCAGAAAGAACAAUCGUGGUCUGUGGUGUUCCAGAUGGUCUUCUAAAUGAUGACAUAAUGGCUGACAUACUAAUGAUUCAUUUUCAAAAGGCAAAGAAUAAGGGUGGAGAUGUGGAGGGCAUAGUCUAUCCAACAUCAACAAAAGGAGUGGCAUACAUAACAUUUGAAGAUGAACGAGUUGCAGAAAAUGUUCUCAAGAAAGGUGAACACGGCCUAGAGGACAAGAGGCUGCAUAGGGAUUAUCCCUUGAAAGUGUCAUCAUAUGGAAAAAGUAUUUUUACCUGCAUAACAUGUGUCCUCAAUUUGUCCCCUUUGGGAGAAAAAUACAGCUUGGAAGAUGUGGUGCAAGACCUCAAGAAGAACCUUCCAAAUUUGAGCUUUGGGCCAUUACACCCUACUGGGCAAAUAAGAGUACAGGGUCCCUUUUUGGCCAUGAGUAGGCUCCAAAAUAGUAUUUUAUUAAAAAUCAAGCAUUCCCUUUCAGAACAACAUGUUACAAGAAAACAAAGAAGACCAGACCACAGGCCUAGUUUAAAAUGGGUAAGCGAUGGAUUAUCCUCAGAGCUAAGAAAUAAUUUUGUACAAAAUCCAAACAAGGAGGGACUAAUUGUUGCCCUUGACACUGAUACAUAUCGCUACAUGAAAAAAUUCAAAGACAAGUUAUACCAAGAUUGUCUAGAAAAAUGUGGUGUUAUUAGUUAUGCAUCUGUAGACGGAGACAUUACUACCAUAUAUCUAGACAGUGACAACACAAGGCCGGGUCCCAGCCAGUUAGAACAAGCAAAAAACUUGGUCGAAAGUUUGUUGGCAGAAUUGUAUUGCUUUCUGCGUAAAGAAAGGUUGUCUCAAGAAGGGUCCAACAGAACUGAGAAACGGAAAUGUGAGCGUGCGUGUGAGAUUGUAAGCAGCCAGUACCCAAAUAUUCUGAUUAUACCAUACUCAACUCACAUUGAUAUUAUAGGAUCCUCCUCAGAUGUUUAUGAGUUUGCAACACAAGUAAAUAAAAUGGUGGGGAAUUUCCAAAAAGAAGCUUGGAGAUAGGCAGUUGGUUUGAUUUCUGAGGGCAUACCUAGAUUUUCUGCUUGAUGUGGAGGUUACCACCAAAAAAGGGAGCCUUCUGAUCCAUUCUGUGCUUUAUGCACAUUUGAUUGUGACUUGAGGGGUAUUCACACGUUACUCUGUACCCAGGUAGAAGCCCCCUGUACCUGGGUACAGCUGCUCGUGAGAAAGAGUGUACACUUGGUGACUUCAAAAAUCACCACGUGUACAGUUACCUUGAAAAAAGCCAUCUUCUGCUCACGUGGUGAUUCUCCCUGCAUGCUGUCCCUGUGGAGAUGAACGUGAGCAAUCAGUUUUUCUCCCCGGGGACAGCCUGAGCCUUGUUCCAGCAGCAGCAGCAACAGCCAAUCAGAAAUGGGCUGAAGAAAAACGUCAGUUGCUGGAGCCACGGAGAGGGAGUAGACUGUACACUCGUUGACUGUAACGUGUGAACAGGGCCUUGAUGUCAUUCUGUUAUGUGUUUCCCAAUCUGAUCCACGUCAUUGGCCAACAGAAGCAGGAAAAUGACAUGGAUAAGUGGGGAUAAGGAGGAAUAUGCAAGAACAUGACACAGCGCUCAUAUUUUUUUUGUGGAAGUACCAUGGUGACUACAAUGGCUAGUUCUGCCCUGAAAAUAAAGUGUGAACUGAAACAUCUUGACGACAAUGAAUGGUCAACAGAAGUGAUGAAAGUGGUACAAAAUUGCAGAUAUGACUUUUUCUAUGUUUCCUACAGGACCUGAACACAUUUUAUUCAAUCACUUAAUGAGGCAGAUUUGCUUUAUUAAAGUUUUUUCCUCUCCUAGUCUUUUACUCUGGUCAAAAUGACUCAGCAUUCUCAGAAUGUUACUGUUCAGUUGUGAGCUUUCUAGUGCCGGUAAUACAAGAUGAUGUAGCAGUGGAAGUGUGGACAGCUAGAGCCAUUUUUUCUAUUCAUGUGCAGUGAAUUUCUUUGUUAUGUAUGUAGCUCAGUUUCACUGGAUUAAAGCUGGCUUUAUCAGU